AAGGGCUUGAUUAUUUGCGACGCGGAAAAUGCGGAAACUGAAUGUGUCCUUUCUUUAAUUUAUGGUGUCCUUGUCUAGAGUUCUGCACCUGAAGUUUUUGCCGUUUGAACAGAUGCCUUAAGUUUGUGUGACAGCUGCCCGAAUUUGUGUCCAAAUGUCGCGAUUUAAACCCGCGCUUCAGCCCGAGAUUUUGCGGGCUCACCAGAAAGAUGAGCAACAUAUCUUGUCGCUGCAAAAGGAUGUGUCGGAAAUUGCCCGUGCUGUGCUCGGAAUGCGACCAUGGAUGCGGUGGCGUUUAGAGGUAGAUGCAUUAGCCAGCCUCAUGUACUACUGCGCAACGACGCUGAGUGGCUUCCAGACUUUGGGCGAGGAAUACGUGCACAUUGUGCAACUGGGCCGGUCUCUCAAGUCGGUCCCCACCCUUGCUCAGCGGCUCACAUUCGUAGUCUUGCAGUCAUUCGGAGGUAACUUGAUCCGCGGGACGUUAAAACUUAUCAAGAAAAAACGGAAAGUGGACGGUGAAGCGCUGGCCACGCUUGUUACGAGAGCGUUGCAAGUGCACACGAUAUUGUUCUAUCUUCUCGGCGGAUACUACAGUCCUGCCAAGAGGUUGACAGGAAUCAGAUAUGUGCUGAUAAGAAACUGGCUCUCUACGCCAGAUGUUGCGCGAUACUACAAAGUGUUAGGUUGGCUGUCGCUCAUUGAGUUCGGGGUGUCACUUCAGUCAGCUGUUAGGUCGCUCAAAGCAUCGGGAGCCAGCGAUGAUGUUCACACCGAGUUAUCGAAGUAUAACUGUUGCAUGUGCGUCGACUCUGCGAAGAAUGCUUCUGUGAUUCCUUGUGGCCACGUCUACUGCUGGUAUUGCAUCACGGGCUGGUUGAGAACUAACAAACAGUGCCCCUUGUGCAGAAUGCCCUGUGAACCGCAACAAACAGUGCUGCUUCGGAAUGUAUGAUGAAUUUGUAUGUUGUACAUGAUGCGAGCACAUCUCUUCUGACCGAAACCACUUACUGAAAAGUAAAUGGCCAAAACUUCUGCAGAGUCCUGAAGGUGUUAACAUGGUGCUGAACCAUUUGGAUUGAAGAUUUAUCAUGAAAUUUUGAUGCUGAGGUGACCUCGCAGUCCCUUUUCCAUUUACGUGUUUACGACAAAAGUUAUACCCCUGUCACACGGCACACGUAAUGUCAUUUGUAGUAAAUGACAUUCAUACCGAAUGUCAUUGCCAUCUUGGGUUCCUGGUCUACAUGGGUAAACAAAAUGGCAUUCGCAAUUGAUGUCAAUGUUUAUCGGCAGGCUGCUAUGAUAACGAAACCCUACAAAUCGUGCUUCUUGUUUACAUAUUUUCACUAUAUUGUUAACAAUACAAUGGCAAACAUUGGACGGUUAUCGGAAAAUAUAUUACAUUUCGUUUUAACUUAUCUAUUUUGUAAUUUUUUUGCCAAGCCCCUGUCGUCGAGAGUACACAAGUCGCGCAUGAAUGAGUUCGGGAAACUCAUUCAACGGGCGAAUGCCAUUAGCAGUGAAUGUCAUUCACUAUGCCCGUGUAGAAGCAACAAAAAUGGCAUUAACACGUAAUCUCAUUCGCUGCGAAUGCCAUUACACGUGCCGUGUGACAGGGGUAUUACUUGUUCGAUCAAAAUGUAUCCACAAUGCCAACUAACCCCCACUAUGUAGCUUAUUUUGAAGAUAUUGCAGCUGGCCAGCUUCAAUAAAUGCUGCUUUGAUGAAAUGAUAAAACUGUGUUAUACUUUGUGCAGGACUUUCUGACAUAUUUCUUCAAUAUUCGUAAUCAUGGUGUCAGUCUGAUGCAAUCUGGGUCACAUGAACAAUAAGGCGAUGAAGUCUGGCCACUUACAUAGCACCUACUUUCCCAGCAUUUCAAAUAAAUUUAUUUUAAGCAAAUGAUAUUGCUCUUUGUGUGGCAUACACCGAGUAGUAGUGUUGCUGCUGCUGUUAGUACGCACCAGGCCAUACCUAGUGCAGUGGCUUAGUCAGUGUGUUGUUCUGCUGCUCAGAGUGAUGUUGCAGGUUUGAUUCCCAGCCAUGGUGGACACUUUUUGAUCGGGUGGAAUGCAAGAACACUUAUGUACUUAGGUACAGGUGUGAGUGAAAAAACUCAAGCUUGUAAUAAACACUGGAACUAACCAACC